AUGCCAGAUAGUGUUAAAAAUGAAGAUCGCGAAAAUAAAUUCAGUAAUAACGGCACUCUUCAACAGCACAAAAGAACCCACACAGGGGAAAAACCUUUUGAAUGCUCAGAGUGUGGAAAGAGAUUCCGUCAUAGUGGCAGUCUUCAACAGCACCAAAGAACACACACAGGGGAGAAACCUUUUGAAUGUUCAGAGUGUGGAAAGAGAUUCAGAGAUAAUGGAACUCUUCAACAGCACCAAAGAACCCACACAGGGGAGAAACCUUAUGAAUGCUCAGAGUGUAGAAAGAGAUUCAGGCGGGGUGGCCAUCUUCAAGAGCACCAAAGAACCCACACAGGGGAGAAACCUUUCGAAUGCUCAGAGUGUGGGAAUAGAUUCAGUCGGAGUAGCACUCUUCAGCAGCACCAGAGAAUCCACACAGGGGAGAAACCUUUUGAAUGCUCAGAGUGUGGAAAGAGAGUCACUACAAGUGGCCAACUUCAACAGCACCAAAGAAUACACACAGGGGAGAAACCUUUUGAAUGUUCAGUGUGUGGAAAGAGAUUCAGAGAUAAUGGAACUCUUCAACAGCACCAAAGAACCCACACAGGGGAGAAACCUUAUGAAUGCUCAGAGUGUAGAAAGAGAUUCAGGCGGGGUGGCCAUCUUCAAGAGCACCAAAGAACCCACACAGGGGAGAAACCUUUCGAAUGCUCAGAGUGUGGGAAUAGAUUCAGUCGGAGUAGCACUCUUCAGCAGCACCAGAGAAUCCACACAGGGGAGAAACCUUUUGAAUGCUCAGAGUGUGGAAAGAGAGUCACUACAAGUGGCCAACUUCAACGACACCAAGGAACCCACAGGGGGGAGAAACCUUUUGAAUGUUUAGAGUGUGGAAAUACAUUCAGUAGAUGUGAUGAUCUUCGGAAGCACCAAAGAACCCACACAGGGGAGAAACCUUUUGACUGCUCAGAGUGUGGAAAGAGAUUCAGUACAUGUGGUGAUCUUCGGAAGCACCAAAGAACUCACACAGGGGAGAAACCUUUUGAAUGCUCACAGUGUGGGAAAAGAUUCAGUCAGAGUGGCAGUCUUCAACAGCACCAAAGAACCCACACAGGGGAGAAACCUUUUGAAUGCUCAGAGUGUGGAAAGAGAUUCAGUACAGGUGGCGAUCUUCAGAAGCACCAAAGAACCCACACAGGGGAGAAGCCUUUUGAAUGCUUAGAGUGUGGAAAGAGAUUCAGUCGGAGUGGCCAUCUUCAACAGCACAAAAGAACCCAUACAGGGGAGAAACCUUUUGAAUGCUUAGAGUGUGGAAAGAGAUUCAGUCAUAGUGGCAAUCUUCAACAGCACCUAAGAACCCACACAGGAGUGAAACCUUUUGAAUGCGCAGAGUAUGGAACAAGGUUCAGUUAUAGAGAACUCUUCAAAAGCGCCAUAUAA